AUGUGGUCUGGAGGGAAAGACAUAGUGGAUCAGAUAUUUGAUACUGGGUAUUGGGUGGUUUCGAAAAGUGUUGUUUUGGGUGACGAGAUCAGAAAUCAUGUCGGAAGAUCUAUAGAAACCAUUAAUGAAAAGAUUUCCAACAGAAAGGCUCUCCCCGUGCAGGAAAGCAAUUUCAGCACUAGCAGACAGGAUAUAUUUAAAAAAUUGAAAAUUGGAUUCCAGGAUCAUUGGAAGCUUGGGUUGGGCCUUUCUGCCACUUCCCUUUGCCUUUACCUUGGAUAUCGGACCUUUUUAAAACUCCCACCUCAUUUACCUGAGGCGGAAUCUAAGGCCGUGUUGAUAUUUGGUGACAUGAAUGAUCCUAUCGCAAGAAAUCAGGUGAUGGAUUUAUAUCGCAGAAGGUUUAUAGUGUAUGUUUGCACAGAGAAUGCAGAUGUUUAUAAGAAGCAUGAAGAAGAUCAGGAUUUUGUAUAUUACAUUGAUCCUACUUGUGAAAAAGACUUCGAAGCCUUUUAUCGUGACGUGCCAAGGCUAGCAUCCAUAUUGUUUAUGCCAAGGUUAUCAUAUCAUCCAUCCGGAAUAAUAUCGUGUGACUCAUUAGAAUCCGAAAUACAUUCAAGCAUUUUUGUGUAUUAUCAAGCAUUAUUAAACGUUAUACCACAUUUAAAGAAGAAGACACAAUUGAUUCUAUUUGACCCGUCUUUAACUUCGGAACUAAACUUGAUUCAUCAUAGCACUGAAAUCAUAUCAUCUGGAAUAAUCAACUCACUAUUCAAUAUUUUCCAGAGACAUCAAAGAUUAAGUGUUUUUUUAAUCAAGCUUGGAAUUCUACAAAUCGGGUCUCAGCCAUCAAACUAUAAAUUCCUGAACACAUCCGGUUCAGAUAUACACAAGGCCCUACAUUACCCCGUAUACAAAAUGAUAAUGGACGCCAAUGGGUAUAAAGUAAGACAAUUCUUCAAUUGGCUUGUGACCUUGGGGGGAUGGAAUACUGUUUACCAUUGCGGUCGGUUUAGUUACUUGGCCACAUGGCCGUUUGCGUCAUUCAUCUUUAACCGUCAAACAUGUUUUUCCUUCAAACAUCUCAAAAAACGGUUGGCCAGCGCAUACCGUAAUAUUAUCGCCAUUCUGCCCACACCACAGUCAAACCCAUCUGAAGAACGUCUAAAGUAG